AUGAGGAAACCAUUACAAUUCUUAGAGAUUUACCAGGAGCAAAAAACAGUGGACCCUUAAGAACAGCCACAUUAUCAAGAUCAGAGUCCACCUGGUCCUUUAGAUAAUACCUCAUUAGUAUGCAAAUUGAGGAAUCUUUUAAUGAGUUUGCUAACUCUGUUAAAUGUAUCAAUUGUAAUAGCUAUAUGUACAUUCUAUCAAAGAGUUUACGGACAAAGAAGAGAAGAAUUUGAGAACAAAUCAAGAAUCACCACUAAGCUUAUUCUGGUUGAAGCUUUUGCUGUUCUCAAUGUCUAUUAUCUAGAUAUCUCAAGGAAGAGAAGGCAAAAUUUGGGUGAUACUGAAAAUCAAGAUAUGAAAUUUGAAGCUAAAGUCUAAAAAAUUAAAAGGAUAAUAUAUCAUGACGUCACUCGUGAUUGCUGCCUUCGAGAGAAUAUAAACAUGGAUGAUUAUACCAAGUGGGGAGCAAGUAGUUAAGAUGGGAAAAGACUAAAAUAAAUAAUAAACAAAAGUCUAAAAGAAAUGAAGAAAGGGAUUAAACCAUCAAUUGAUUAUGAUAUUAACUCAAAAAUAACUCCAGCAGUUCUUAACUCUAUCUACCAGAAAUUACUAGCAUUUUAAAGAUAUAGUACCCUAAAGAUAAUAUUCAAUAAGAUGAGGUUACUGAAUGAGCGAGGGUAAGAUAAGCAAAAACUUUCUGAAGAGGAUAAGAAUGAAAUAAUGAUACAACUACAAAAAAUGAAGCCUCGCAUCAUUAGGGAAGUUGCUCAAUUGUAUGACGUAUGCAUAAAAGGUGAAAAUCCAAGUGUAACUAUAAAAAAGGCUUUCAACAAAUACUUCUUCGACAAGACCUGGUAUGAAGAAAUUCUCAAGGUUUAUGACGAGCAUUACAAGCAGAUGGCUAUACUGAUUAAUUACGGAGAUAAGACAAAGAUAACUUAGACUGAUAUUGAUACAAUUAGAAGUCAAAAUCCAAUGAAAACAAAAGACCCUCAACUAGGAUCCAAACUUAUAUAUUAAAUCAUUAAAAGCUCCGAGAGUCUUAGCAAUGAAACCAUUGAGAUGAUUACAGGCAAGUUUAAAAUGAAUUAUGUGAAACCUCCAAAGCUAUAUGUACUGAAAUUGUAGAGAAUAAAGGAUAAAAUGGCAUAUGCAUUGAGAUCAAAGCUCCAAAAUCUUCAAGCUAAAUAACAAGAUGAAUCACCAAGCAGAUAUUAAAGUAGUGCUGGUCCACAAACAGUAAAAUCAUAGAAAAGUACAUCUUAAAGAAAAGAUUCUAACUCCUCCUUAAAUACAAUCCAACCUAAUAAAUCAUAGCAAAACAACUAAGCUUAAUAAAGCAUUGAAGCUUAUCUUGCAGCAAAGACGAGAUAAAGCAUGGCUAAAAGAAUAUUUACUCAAAAUUAAAAAUACGCAGCCAUUUUUAAAUCAGAUAGAUCUUCAGUCAAGUCAAAAGAUUAAGAUAAUAUGAGUGUAAAAUCAGGCUCAACAUCUAAUCGACCAAUAGAGGAGGAAAGAUAUCCUGAAAAUGAAUCAAGUUAUAAUUCAAAAAUUAAAACUUAAAAUGAAAGUAGUUCAAACAUAGGAUAUACUAACAUUUACACUAAUACCGAAGGAGAUGAAAACUAGAGUACCAAUUCAGAUAAAAAGGAGGUAAAAAUGAAGAUUGCUGAUUAACUUAAAAAGAUGCUUGAGGAGGAAAGACUGAAAAGAUAACAGGAAAGAGCUAAAUAAUGA